AGCUUCCGUACAACAGUAUCUCUAUUGCGCAUGCGUGUGGCGGUUGUGUUUUAUGUUAGCAUCGUUUUAAAGCAUGUCAGAUAAAGGAGAGGUAGAUUUAACCGGUGCCAAGCAGAAUACCGGUGUCUGGCUUGUGAAGGUCCCAAAAUACCUCUCUCAGCAAUGGGCAAAAGCAACAGGAAGAGGCGAGGUCGGGAAAAUCAGAAUUUGCAAAAAAGGAAACCAAGGAAAACCAGAGGUGUCUUUCACUUUAAAUGAAGAGCUGACUACUAUCGAUGGCAUCGAAGAUAAGACGGUGUCUGCACCUCGCGAGCAUCCUUUCACCAUGCAGUCAGUGGGGGGUCAGAUGCUGGCAGUCUUCACAGAGAGUUCGGCCGGCCAGUCAGAAGAAAGAUCUGAUGGCAGCAGCUCAGUUUCGGGGGCGGGUCCAGAUAAAAUAGCCCUGGAAGGAGUGGUGGUGCAGAGAGCAGAAUGCAGACCUGCUGUAAGUGAAAGCUACAUGAAAUUAAAAAGGCUGCAAAUCGAAGAGUCUUCCAAACCAGCUAGGUUGUCCCAACAGUUGAUGAAACCUGUCACAACCAACUACAAACCUGUAGCCAAUCAUGAAAACAAUCGUGAACACGAGAGGAGGAAGAAGGAGGAGGGCAAGAGAGCGAGAUCUGACAAACAGCAAGUGUUGGACAUGUUGUUCUCUGCAUUUGAAAAACACCAGUACUACAACAUCAAAGACCUGGUGGACAUCACCAAACAGCCUGUGACUUACCUGAAGGAAAUCUUGCGUGACAUUGGCAUCUACAACGUAAAGGGAACACACAAGAAUACCUGGGAACUCAAGCCAGAGUACAGACAUUACCAAGGAGAGGAAAAAACUGAUGAAUAGUUAUUUUU